AUGACCAUGAUUCUUGACACGACACACAAGCGGUUUGGACCUUCCUUUCACUUUGCCCUUUCGACUCCCCCACAACCUCCUGUUUUCUCAAGCCUUUGGCCGUCCUCGUCGUCGCGGCCUCAGCCUGCCCCAGCAGGUGGAGGACACUUGGCUAGAAACCACCAGGCCCUCGUCCCAAGCAUGAUAGCCGGCAAGCCUCCCCAUAGUGGCCAAUACAGCACUAUUAGUGCCUCGUCGACGGCAUCGUAUAACUCCAUGCUUGUCGCAAACACUUCUGCAGAUCUCCUCAGCACCAACCGCAUACGGACUACGCCUGCGGCUUACGGAGGUCAGAAGAACACUACGUGGGCUUCCCCCGUCAGCGCUCAGGUUACGCGCACGUCGAUCACUCCCUACGAAGCAAUGCCCUGCGCGCCAGCUCCCGUGCGGCCAUCACCUAUCACCUUCGCCCCUGACGCAGACCAUGCCAGGAGGUUCCCUCAGCAGGGCCUUCAAUCUAAUGUCCAGAGGAGCUUUGUGUAUGCUCUCGAUGUUAGCCAAGGCAUGCCAGACAUAUGUCAGGAAACUCCCAGGGAUGGUUAUGGUUCCAGAAGCGACAGGUCUUCGGUGGACCGUUAUGGAUUCCCUUCCGCCCACUCCACCAGCUCUUCCAUCCCUUCCACAUACAACUUCAGCUCCUAUGGUGGUUCAGUCUCGGAUCCCUCCACUGCUAGCUCGGACGUUAAACCGGUUAACUUACGGGCCCUUCUCCAGCCCCAGGGUUUAAUGGCAUCCGAAGUGCCGCCAACUCCCCAGUCACUGAUGGGCCAGUUCAGGUCCAAAGUCUCUUCUCGCCCCCAGAAGAAGCACAAGUGUAAGGUCUGCGAUAAACUAUUUACACGACCCAGCUCUCUUCAGACCCAUGUGUAUAGUCACACUGGCGAGAGACCUUUUGCCUGUGAGGUCGAGGGGUGUGGCCGGAACUUCUCUGUGGUCUCCAAUCUCCGGCGACACCGAAAAGUUCAUCGGGGCGACACUCGUUCUGAAGUAAGCUCCGAAGACUAUCUUUCGAUCUAA